AAGAUGGUCUGCUUUAUUACUUGUGAGAGUCUGGGUCGUAUGUUGAUUGAAAGGGGUUAUUUCAGCCACAGUUAAUUACAGGGGUGUUACCGUACCAACACGUCCCCGCGAACGAAAGCGCUAUAAAAACCCCACGUGGCUCCUUCCACUAUGACGAGCUCUAAGUUGGCCUUCUUAACCGACUGGUGCCGCUAUUAAGCUUCCCUAGGUACAUCCAUUAGCAUGCAUGCAAUACAGCAAUACGUUGGAGCUUAAGCUUCAUUAACCGGCGCAGAUGUUCUUUAUCUUAUCAUUGUUCAUAUUCGUAUCCCCCAACUCUGCAUAAUACCUUCAUACUCUUUACAUAGGAAUAAUUUACACGUCUUCCAAUUCCACUUCUUGUGUUUGUUCUCAUUACUUUGGUGUCCUCUUUUUUAUUUCUCGGCGGGAGGGAAGAAUAAGCCAUUAUCCAUGGUCUUCGAAAUUCGGCCGCCGCAAAGGUUAGCAGUUCCGCAUCCUGCUGACCCUUGUAAGCAGCCGAAGCUGGAGCAGCUAUGGGUAUGACUUGGUCCGGUUUCUUGUUGACCUACCUCUUUGGUGGUGUCACUUUCAUUCCUCUAGUCCUAGCUGCUGUGCUGCUGCAUGCGCAUUACAUGUUCCCCGUUCGAGACGGUGACUCCCUUCGAGAUGACGCCAACGACGCUGACAACAUCGUUCAACCUGGCGACGACACAACCGCCCUCCGAGAAGCUCAGAAGGAAGAGUCGAGACAACGCCUCCUCGCCGAGUCCGAUGUAGCAGCGGGCUACUUCGCCGUAUGUCGUGAAUACACCCCGAUGGGCAUCAAUGCCAAACCGAUCGAACGUUCUACCCCUGUGGGAUCGACGACCGUUGCCGCGCCGAGUCAAAGCGUGUACCAGUCCAUGUACAGGAGCAUAUUCGACAGGAAGCCGACCCCCAACCCUCUCGAUGAUAAUAAGAGCGUUAGCCAGCGACCCAAGAAGGCUGGAAAUGUGUUCUAUGUCGUACUCAGACACGGUCACUUGAUGCUAUUCGACGACGACGAGCAGCUCGAGGUCCGGCACGUUAUUUCUCUCGCCUACCACGACGUCAGCAUAUACUCUGGAGGGGAUCCCACACCCGAGGGCGAAUUGUUCAUUAAGCGGAAUGCGUUGUGCUUGAGCAGGAAGACGGACGGGAAAGAUAUUACACCUGAUGCACAGGUGUCGAAGCCGUUCUAUUUGUUCUCCGAGAACUGCUCUGCCAAGGAGGAUUUCUACUUUUCGUUACUUAGAAACCAGGAGCAGUCCUUUACUGGCCAGAACCUAGCCCCAAAGCCCCAGAAGUUCGACGUCAAGAACAUUAUAUCGUUGGUUCAAAAACUACACUCUACCGAGGAUCACCUGCAGACGCGAUGGCUGAAUGCUUUUAUUGGGAGGAUAUUCCUCGGUAUCUACAAGACUAAGGAUAUCCAAAACUUCAUUAGGGAGAGGAUCACGAAGAAGAUAUCUCGCGUUAAUCGACCGUCAUUUCUCUCGAGUUUAAGGAUACAGAGCAUCGACACCGGCGACGCAGCACCGUAUUUCAUGAAUCCCAAAUUGAAAGACUUUAGCGUCGAAGGUGAAUGUGGAAUGGAGGCCGAUGUUAAGUAUACUGGCAAUUUCAGAUUGGAAGUCGCUGCUACAGUCCGUAUCGACUUGGGCGCUCGGUUCAAGACGAGAGAGGUCAAUAUCAUACUCGCAGUGGUGUUAAGGAAGCUUGAAGGACACAUGUUAUUCAAGAUAAAACCACCUCCCAGCAAUCGCAUGUGGUUCUCUUUCCAGUCCAUGCCAAAGAUUGAGAUGAGCAUCGAGCCUAUUGUGAGCUCGAGGCAGAUUACGUACACGGUUAUCCUUCGACAAAUUGAAAAUAGGAUUAAGGAGGUGAUAGCCGAGACAUUGGUAUUGCCGUUUUGGGAUGAUAUCCCAUUCUUUAAUACCGAACAUAAACAAUGGCGUGGCGGGAUAUUCGAAGGCGAUGACGCCGUUGAAAGAUCACCUGAUCACGAAGCUAUCGCUGCUCAGCUCGGGCAUGUGGAUGAGGUUAGCCAGAUCGAGGAGACAGGCACCGCUACACCCCCUGAGUUGCCUUCGCUUGAGAAGAGCCAUAGUGUGCCUGUUCUAGAGAUGACUCAGGCAACUCAGACAACUCAGCCACAAGGAUUCUGGGGCAGAAGACUCAACUCGAAGAAGAGUUUACCAAAUGACAAUAGCCCGAGCGUAUCUGCGUCCACAUCCGCGUCCGCGUCCGCAUCAACAACAGCUCUUGAUAUAAAGAGCCCGCGAAGCUCCGCAUCUGAGGUAUUGCGUCCCGCUCGGUCAAGUUCCAUAUCGAUAUCCAGCCCCAUUGUUGGCACGGACCCCGUGCACGCGGAUACCUUCAGACCUUCAUCGAGUCCUCCGGAUCGCGAUGAUGCACUUAGUACAAUGGCGAGUUUAUCCGCUAGGUCUAAGAAUAAUUCACCUGCACAUACACCUGUUGGAUCACCCGCAAAAACGUCGUCGAUUGCCCAACCGGCUAACGGUUCUGCCAAUUCGUCAUCUGGAGCAGUCCCCGAAGGUCGUGAGGAUGAACACACUCCUACCGUGCCAAGUAGACGGCAUACUUCCUCCUCUGUAGGGAGCGCAGAAAGUGACGCUGCUGCCCCAGCCUCGCCUGCGCUCUCCAGCAGAAAUUCAAUCAAAAGUGGCAAUAGCUCCAUAGGAAGGGGCUUCUUUUCGCGAAAAGAAAAUCCUUCGCCGGCGGGUUCUACUAACGGGGUAACUCCCGAAGGUAAGCGGAACACCCUGGCUGCCGUAUCUAAUGCGGCCGCAACCGCCAAGCGCUGGGGCCUCAACGCUAUACAGAGGCAGACGGAAAGAAAUGGCGUCAACGGGCGGCGACCGUCAGAUCCCCCGGUUGACUUGAACCAGCCUAUGGGCCGCGGUCAGCCCUUGCCGCCCCCCGGAACACCGCUACCCGGACCUGGCAAGAAGGCCGGACCGAUGGGCAUGCCGAAGCGGAAACCUAUCGCUCCUCCUCCUGCGAUAUCACGCCAGAGCACGGGGAACUUGAGCGAUACUAAAGUUGAACGCAGACCCGUACCACCACCUCCGUUGCCGUCGAGGCGCAGGCGGGUAUCUCAGAUUCACAUAACCGGUCCCGAUGGUAGCUACGAGGAUAAUGUCCUAAUUGUCGAAGCACCGGAUGCGGACUCGGAACCGAAUAGCCCUUCUAUACGAAUCAUAGAAGGGGAACAGGAUAACGGGAAUGGCAUUGAUAACGAGAUCGAGGAUUCUCCCGCUUACAUGAGGCCCUGGGUUGAGGAUGCUGAGGAGUUGGAUGGAGCUACAGAUAGGGAUGUCAGCACGAAUGGUGGCAGUGAGGAUUUGAUCGAUAUGGAGGUGGAUGUGGAAAUGUAUGGAGAGGUGACUUCGACGACAAGCGAGACGCCGCCGGUUUUGCCGCCUAGGAGAGCAACAGAAGUCGAAAUGGAGAGCGAGCAUCAUGGCCACGAACAGGUUGAACAGCAAGAGGAGGAAGAAGAUGAAGACGGGUUUACGAAUUGGGUAGAUAAUCCAGGCCCGGAAACCAUCGAGCCCGCGAAAUGAGGUUUAAACCCCACCGAAACAAGACUCGGCGAAGCAUCCGAUGAAGCAAGUCGAAUGCGUCACAUCGCAUAUACACAGAGAUACCUAUCAAAUUUCCAGUCGAGCAUGCGGAAGGACGGACGGAGUUAAUUGUACACAUUACAUUCAUACCGCGCUAGCCAGCAGGGCAUGCGGUCUUACUAGGGAUUAUUAGCAUGCUUGACACCCUACCCCAUUAUCCGCUGUUAUUAUUAUGUAGGUAUUUUUUUAUCCUGGUUGAGAGACGAAAAUCUACAUCACGUCUCUUUUCUAGUCUCGGCGAGGGGGUAUUUUUUUAAGGGAAUUUUUGGGUAAGCUCGGUACCUACUAUACAAUACAUUUGCAAACAACUGGGUCGGUGGGUUUUAAGGGGUGUUUGGGGGGGGAGGGCUUUACUGUUACCGUCGAGGGAGGGUUACUUUUAGAUACUAGGUACUAACUAGGUACGUUGUUCGGGAUCGGGACUUCUGAGUUUGGCUUCGCGCUUUGCGUUUGCAUCGUGUACUGUGUAGUGUAGCGUAGUGUAGUGUAGCGAAUAAGUAACUGCUACCUCCCUCUA